UCCUGUGGCAGCCUAGAAAAAGGGGCUGCUGGCGGUCCGAGCUGAAGACAUGGAGCAGGGCUACGGAGGCUAUGGGGCAUGGAGUGCUGGACCUGCCAACACCCAAGGUGCCUACGGAACUGGUGUGGCCAGCUGGCAAGGUUAUGAAAACUACAAUUAUUAUGGCGCACAGAACACCAGUGUCAACACAGGAGCGACCUACAGCUAUGGCCCAGCCUCAUGGGAGGCCACCAAGGCCAGUGAUGGCCUGGGAGCUGGGGGCCCUGCCGUGCACAUGGCUUCUUACGGCCCAGAGCCAUGCACCGACAAUUCCGACUCCCUCAUUGCCAAGAUCAACCAGCGUUUGGACAUGAUGUCCAAGGAAGGAGGCAGGGGCGGGAGCAGCGGCGGUGGGGAGGGCAUGCAGGACCGGGAGAGCUCCUUCCGCUUCCAGUCGUUCGAGUCCUAUGACUCCAGGUCUUGCCUCCCCGAGCACCAUCCUUAUCGCCCCAGCUAUAGCUACGAUUAUGACUUUGACCUGGGGCCUGACCGAAACGGUGGCUUUAGUAAUCAGUACAGUGACUGCCGAGACCCAGCCCGUGAGCGGGGCUCCCUUGAUGGCUUCAUGCGGGGCCGGGGCCAGGGCCCGGGCCGCUUCCAGGACCGGAGCAACCCCAGCACCUUCAUGCGCAGCGACCCUUUCAUGCCGCCUGCAGCCCCCUCAGAGCCCUUGUCUGCUCCCUGGACAGAGCUGAACUAUGUGGGUGGGCGGGGCCUCGGAGGCCCCUCCCCCAGCCGGCCACCGCCUUCCCUGUUCUCCCAGUCCGUCGCCCCUGACUUCGGUGUGAUGGGCAUGCAGGGGGCCGGCAGUUAUGACAACUCGGUGUCCUAUGGAUGUGGCCGGUCACAGACCCGGAUGAGGGAUCGGCCCAGGCGGAGAGGGUUUGACCGCUGUGGCCCAGAUGGCAUGGGCAGAAAACGGAAGCAGUUCCAGAUCUACGAUGAGCCAGAUGCCAAACUGGCCCGGGCUGAUAGCGAAGGAGAUUUUUCUGAAAACGAUGAUGGAGCUGCUGACUUCCGGUCAGGAGAUGAAGAAUUCAGGGGUGAGGAUGAAUUCUUCGACCCCGGGAGGCAGAGAGGAGAGAAGGACGAUGAAGAUGAUGAAGUAAAGAAGAGAAGAGAAAAGCAAAGGAGGAGAGACCGGAUGCGAGACCGAGCGGCCGACAGGAUUCAGUUUGCCUGUUCUGUGUGCAAGUUUCGUAGCUUUGAAGAUGAAGAAAUCCAGAAGCAUCUACAAAGCAAAUUUCACAAAGAGACACUGAGGUUUAUCAGUACCAAACUCCCUGACAAGACGGUGGAGUUCCUCCAGGAGUACAUCGUAAACAGGAACAAGAAAAUUGAGAAGCGGCGUCAGGAGUUGAUGGACAAGGAAAGCACAAAACCCAAACCAGAUCCUUUCAAAGGGAUUGGCCAGGAGCACUUUUUCAAGAAGAUAGAGGCUGCUCACUGCCUGGCUUGUGACAUGCUGAUCCCCGCGCAGCAUCAGCUCCUCCAGCGGCACCUGCACUCGGUGGACCACAAUCACAACCGCCGGUUGGCUGCUGAACAGUUCAAGAAGACCAGUCUCCAUGUGGCUAAGAGUGUUUUGAACAACAGACACAUAGUGAAGAUGCUGGAAAAAUAUCUCAAGGGUGAAGACCCUUUCACCAGCGAAGCUGUCGAUGCAGAAAUCGAAGGAGAUGACAAUUUAGGAGGUGAGGAGAAGGAGGAGACACCCGAGGAGGUGGCCGCGGAGGUGUUGGCUGAGGUCAUUACGGCAGCAGUGAGAGCGGUAGAUGGGGAAGGAGCGCCGGCUUCAGCAGGCAGUGACACGCUGGCCCAAGGGGUAGGCCCCACGGACGCAGCCCAAGCCGCUUGCGGUCCCCACUCCGAACACCUGGUGGGAGUGGAGGCACCAUGUGGCAUGGCCUCCGAGAAGAGCAGCGCUGAAGUGGAGGCAGGAGGUGAAGCUGUCGAGGCCGGAGGGGACAUGCAGGCAGCCGCAGCAGAGGCGGAAGGCCCCAUGAGGGUCGUGACUCCGGCCCCGGCUGUCACAGAAGCCGAAGCAGAACAGACUGAUGCGGACCCCAAAGACGUCCCUCCCACAGAGUGACCCUCCUCCCUGUCACCAGGGAUGUGUUUCAUCACGCAUUGCUCUUUUCUCCUUUUGUUUGUAAGCAGAACUAGGGUGUGUGUUUCUGGAACAUGCUGGAAACUUUGGUGAAGAGACCCAGCCAUUUGCUUCAAAAAAGUGUACCUCACGGGCUUGUGUUCUAGAGUUGUAUGGCUUUCUGCCUCGGUUCGAAGGCUGCAGAAGUUGUACAUUCCCCAUGGCUGUGAAGUCUCUCCACACUGCAGUUGGAAUAAUAAAAGUUGGGUAAUUAGAUUUUGAUGAUAUUUUACUUGUUAAAUACAGCAGCUGGCUGAAUGCCCUUUUUAUUUUAUUUUUUUUCUGAGAGCAGCUUAAUACUGGGAUGUAUCUUGCUUUAUACAGGAUUUUUUUUUUUUUU